AUUCUGGGAAAUUGUGUCAUUUCAGGAGUAAUAGUUCACUGCAAUUACUUAACUAACACUACACUACCCAGUGGCAACACUAUUGCAGUUGGUAGCUGGUAAUCUAGCGAAGAAGAAACGCAAGGAAUGAUGAACUAUUCACGUUUUUUAACGGCUGUCAGCGCAGCCCGGAAACCUUCUCCAAUCCGUAUACUAACUGAGCUGCAACAGCGUUCUCCACCCUCGCUCAUCUCCCUGGCCGGUGGGGCUCCAAACCCCAACACCUUCCCUUUCAAGUCGGCCACUAUCCAGGUGAAAAAUGGAGAAGCUGUGGUGUUCGAUGAGACCACUAUGAAGAGGGCGCUGCAGUAUUCUGGAUCUUAUGGCAUCCCAGAGCUGGUCUCGUGGAUGAAGGAACUUCAGAAAAGCCUCCAUAACCCCCCUACUGCAGGCUACAGUCCUGAGAGAGGCCAGAUGGAGAUGUGUGUGACCACAGGCAGCCAGGAGGGCCUGUGCAAGGUGUUUGAGAUGCUGGUGAAUCCGGGAGACAACAUUCUGCUGGAUGCACCCACAUACUCUGGCACGCUGGCAGCGCUCCAGCCACUGGGCUGCAACAUCAUCAACGUCCCCAGCGACCAACACGGCAUGAUCCCGGAGGGCCUGCGGGACGUCCUGUCUCGCUGGGAUCCGGCGGACGCCCACAAGCCCGGCAGCAACGUGCCCCGGGUGCUCUACACCAUCCCCAACGGGGGCAACCCCACCGGAGCCUCCAUGACCACGCAGCGCAAGCAGCAGGUCUACGAUCUGGCCAGAAAGUAUGACCUCCUCAUCAUCGAGGAUGAUCCCUAUUACUUCCUGCAAUUUCAGAAGCCAUGGGCUCCCACCUUCCUUUCCAUGGACGUUGACGGACGCAUCCUCCGCACUGACUCUUUCUCCAAGAUCCUGUCAUCAGGGCUGAGGAUAGGGUUUUUGACGGGCCCAAAGCCGUUGGUUGACAGAGUGGUUCUGCAUAUCCAGGCGUCCACCAUGCACACCAGCACUUUUACACAGCUCAUGGUAUCCCAGCUUCUGCACGCCUGGGGUCAGCCGGGAUUCCUCAACCAUAUCGACGGGGUGGUGGAGUUCUACCGGGCUCAGAGGAACGCCAUGCUCUCCUCUGCUGAUAAAUGGUUGACAGGCCUGGCAGACUGGCACGCUCCUGCCGCCGGCAUGUUCCUCUGGAUCCGGCUCAAGGGCGUGGCCGAUACGCAGCAGCUCAUCAUGGAAAAGGCGCUGGAGAAAGAGGUGCUCCUGGUUCCUGGAGGAGUGUUUACCAUCAACAGUUCAGAGCCUUGCCCGUACGUCAGGGCUGCCUUCUCCCUCUCCACCCCAGCACAGAUUGAUGAGGCAUUCAAACGGCUCUCCGCUCUCAUUAAGGAAGCCCAGUGAAGAGUCCAGGCCUCCAGAUGAGCAGUUUGUUGUGACCAGAGAGAUGUUCUAUAUUUUAUACACAAACACAGCAAAAAUAAUAUAAUAUUUUAACUUGAAUCUUAAUGUUACUUGCCACAGAGUAUAUAAAAUUAUUUUUUUUUAACCUUUCAUUCCUAGAACACCGGGAAAUUGAAGAUGGCUUUAAUGACAUUUGUAACAAGUUUACACCACAUACACCUUAUUAAUAGCUUGUAUUUAGGUCUUGCCUUAAGAAAUCCUUUGAUUGAUUUCAUACACAUCACAGAAGCCUUUUAGUGGAAUGUAUUCUUCAUUUUAUAAUGAAAGUCUGGGUAGAGAAUACUACGUAUUUAUUACUGACAAUGUCUGACAGUAGAACACUAACUAUGGUUUUUAUUUAAUGUGUAAUGAAAAUAUUUCCUUGCAUUUAUUGGUUUGUAAAAAUAAACUUUUUUUUUUCCAUCAAGUCUGCAUUGUGAUAUAUGAGCUUUAUGAUGGUCUGAAAUGUUUGUCCCAUUUGAUUUUGUAAUCAAAUGCAAUCAUUUUUUUUUGUUCAGCUGUGAUCACUGUAUAUGGUCUAAGUCCCCUAUACAAUAAACACACAAGACUUCCAUAA